UGCUGUGUACUGUGGGAGACCAGAUAUAGUGAAUGCAGGGUCCAGGGAGAGUGGAUAUAGUGAAUGCAGGGUCGGGGAGACCAGAUACAGUGAAUGCAGGGUCCGGGGAGACCAGAUACAGUGAAUGCAGGGUCCGGGGAGAGCGGAUAUAGUGAGUGCAGGGUCCGGGGAGAGCGGAUAUAGUGAAUGCAGGGGUCCGGGGAGAGCGGAUAUAGUGAAUGCGGGGUCCAGGGAGAGCGGAUAUAGUGAAUGCAGGGUCCGGGGAGAGUGGAUAUAGUGAAUGCAGGGUCCGGGGAGACCAGAUACAGUGAAUGCAGGGUCCGGGGAGACCAGAUACAGUGAAUGCAGGGUCCGGGGAGAGCGGAUA